UAUUUAUUUACGGAACAAAGGUUAUGUUCACGUAAAUUGGCGCCAAGUCAUUGUGUUUGCCGGCUCUUCAGUCGAAUUGACAUUUCGUUUAUUGUAAUAAAUUUCCAAUUUCCUAACUGAAUUCUGUAUUGGAAAGAAUCGUGUAAUAUUGUUUAUAAAGUGCUAAUAAUUAAUAAAAAUCUGUGAUUGAAAAACAAUCACGAAACGACGAUGGUUCGACGAAAGUCUGUACCGAGAUCAAUCGGCACACCAUCUAUAUCUGAAAGAACAAAUGUAAUAGUGCGCAAACACAAACGAAAAACCCAUGUACUGCAGGAAAUUAAGCAUCUGAGAAAGACUACGCACUUUCUCAUACCUAAACUACCCUUUUCGCGGUUAGUCAGAGAAAUUAUGCUGGACUUAUUUCCCAGGAAGGAAAUCAAUAAGAUACAAGCUUCUGCUCUCGAAGCUUUACAAGAGGCAUCAGAGAUGUACAUCGUACAAUUCUUUGAGGAUGCAGUGUUGUUGGCAUAUCACGCCAAACGGGUUACUCUUAUGCGAAACGAUUUGAUUCUAAUGCGCAGACUGAGAGGCCGCUUGGAUAUCAUCAAUAGAUAAGAAAAUCUCACUUUCGAUUAGAUUGAUACUUUCAUAUUUAAGGUAAAAAUAUUUUUUAAAUAUAUAUUUUUUACGACUGAAAUGAACAUUAAAACAUUAUCCAUUGCCUCUUCACAUUGAAUAAAAAAUAGAAAGAGAUACUACUAAUUAUAUAAGACUUGUAAAGUUUUGAUGACAUUAUUAAGAUUGAUACUUUAAUUACAAAAUGUAAAAAAUAUUAAUUGGAAACUCAGGGAAAUAAUGAUAAUAAUUGUAUGUUAUAAAAUAAUUAUUCUAUUUCUAAUAACAAUGUGUAAAAAAGAU